UUAAGUAAUUAACUAUCGAUAUCUAUUAUUAUUCUAAACAUCUGGUGGAUACUAUUAUAGAUUUCGUUUUCGAUUAGGAUUACUUCGACAUUUGUUUUGCAGAAUUCUUUCAAUUGUUUGUAACUACUAGCAUAGCAAAACAUAACUACCCACACACAACCAAGCAAUAAAUAGGCAUGUGCACUUCGCACAAAUACACACAUCACACAUGAAAACAUACAUGUAAACCCUGUGGUGUCUUAUGUGUCUGCAAAGUAAGGAUCUUAUCCCAAUUUCAUAGAAAUAAUAAAAUUAGGCAACAUGUGAAUGCGAUGGCCAAAGAAACUAAGAAGAAAUAAGCCCUUUAUAAAAAAAAAAAAAAAAAAAAACUAAGAAGAUGGGUGUUACAAGCUUUUCCACGUUGGCGUACAAAACGCUAGUGCUUUUUAGUCGUUCUCAUACCUCACUAGUCAUUUAAGUUCCUCGUCCUUUAGCCUCCUUGGUUCAUCGAACCUUCACACCCAAAAAAUAUAUUCCAUUUUCCAUUUUCCAUUUUCCAUUUUCCAUUUUCCUUGAGCGUAAAGUAAUAAUCUAUUUGAGAAAAAGGUCAUAUACUAUUAGUGCCACUGGUUUAGGAGAUGAUCUUUUAUUUACAUAUACUAUUUUCCAUUUUCCGUGACCGUAAAGUUAUAUCUAUUAGGAGAAAAAGGUCAUAUACCAUUCUAUUAGUGCUACUGGUUUUAGGCUUGGAAUAGUAACGGUCGGAUAAGCAGUACGGAUAAAGCGGAUAAUAUAACGCGGUACAGAUUAAAAACGGUUAUAAAUAUAAGCGGUUAGACAAAAAAGCGGUUCAUUAUAAAAUAUGAAUGGUAACGAAAAGAAAAUGCAGUGUGAAACUAAUAGUAGAAUGUUAUUUAUAUUUUAUAUUAUUUUUAUAUUUCUAAAUAUUAUAUUUCUUUUUUUUAUAAAUGAAAAUUAGAUAAAAUAUAUUUUAAACCUAAUUGUUCAUAUUUAAUAAACUAAAGAAAAUGAAAUGAGAAAAAGUUAAAAAAAAAAGUAAACUCACUAAACUCACCUAAUUUAGUGCUUAUGCGUUUCAGGUGCGGUUACAACACACACAUUUUAUUUUUUUAUUUUUAAAUGUAAAACCACCAUAUGCGUUUUGUGUAUUAAAAUGAGAUGAAUGGUAACCAAAAUUGAAAUCUAAGUGCAUAUAGCACAAACUAACUAAAACAUUCAUAACCUUAGUCUGACUUUUUAAAACUGAUUUGUUAUUUUAUUAUAAAAUAUAAAUUAUAAUAACUAUUAAAAAAUCGAUAAUCUUCAAUUAUAUUUGUUUAUUAAGAUUAGCGCUUCAUAGUUUUGUUUGCAUAAUAUUAAACUGUUUUACGAAGAUCCACAUUUUACUUGAACCUGUUAAAAAUAUUCUCUACAUUUUUCACUAAUUUGUAAACAUUUCAUUUUACAAUAUUUUUUAUAGCAACGGAUUGAGACUCAACCGAGAUAGAAUCUUGUUUACUGGUGUUAAAUAGACUAGUUGCUUACAACGAAAAUUAGAUAAUUUAUAUCAUCUGACAAAAAAAUCAAAGAUAAUUUAUAUCAUUUGACAAAAAAAAAAACAAGUAAAUCUGAGUUUGAUAGGUUUUGAACUCAAAAUGUUUAACUCCUUUGAACUGGCCGCACCAUUCGACCGUGCUUGCGUGUUACAUUUUCCAAUACCUAACCUUAAACGUUAUUUCUAGUGUAAAAGAAUGAAUACUUAAUAGAUUAAUACAAAUUCUAAAGUUUUAAUACAAAGUAAUGCCGCCCGAAUACAUCAUUACCAAUAACUUUUUACAUACCUUAUCGUUUUAAAGGGAUUGCCGUUGUCUUGCUUACAUUAUCGUGUAGUACUUUACAAAUAAUGAUUACUAGGAGGACUAUAGGGUUAGUUAUUUUCCAUGAAAUAAAUUGGAGAAAUCCAUUACAGAUGCAUUUAACCACGUGCGUAAUCAAACACUCACACAAGUUGCAUUUUUAACGAUAUUAAAAAAAAAAGAAGAGAUUUGCCAUUUUAAGAUAAGAAGAAAUUAAAUAAGAAAAUUAAAAAGGGGUAAUUAGGUCAUCUUCACCUUCCACGUUGUCUCCUUCCCACUCUUGUCUAAACGACAACUCUCAAACUCAUAUAAAACCUGAAGCUUCUCUCUUUAUCUUCUUCUUACAUCAGAUCAAGUCUUCCUUCUUUCUAUGGCUUUGGUAAGAGAACGUCGUCAGCUCAACCUCCGUCUUCCUCUUCCUCCGAUCUCCGACCGCCGCUUCUCCCUCCCAUCUGUCACCACCACAGUCGCUACCUCCGGUGACAUCUCCGCCGCUGAUCUCGAGAAACUCAACGUUCUCGGAUGCGGAAACGGCGGGAUUGUUUACAGAGUCCGUCACAAGAACACGGCGGACCUCUACGCUUUGAAAACUGUCAACGGCGACAUGGAUCCGAUCUUAACACGGCAGCUGAUGCGCGAGAUGGAGAUCCUCCGCCGUACGGACUCUCCCUACGUAGUCCGGUGUCACGGAAUAUUCGAGAAACAAGUCGUCGGCGAAGUAUCGAUUCUGAUGGAGUACAUGGACGGCGGGACUCUAGAGUCUCUCCGCGGCGCCGUGACGGAGCAGCGCCUCGCCGGGUUCGCGAGACAGAUCUUGAAAGGUCUUAGUUACUUGCACGCUCUCAAGAUCGUGCACAGAGACAUCAAACCGGCGAACCUCCUCCUCAACUCGAAGGACGAGGUCAAGAUCGCCGACUUCGGAGUCAGCAAGAUCUUGGUCCGGUCGUUGGAUUCCUGCAACUCUUACGUCGGGACUUGUGCUUACAUGAGUCCGGAGAGGUUUGAUUCCGAAUCUUCUUCCGGUGGUAGCUCCGACGUGUACGCCGGAGAUAUCUGGAGCUUCGGGUUGAUGAUGCUGGAGCUUCUCGUUGGUCACUUUCCGUUAUUACCGCCGGGACAGAGACCGGACUGGGCGACGUUGAUGUGCGCGGUGUGUUUUGGGGAGCCGCCGCGGGCGCCGGAGGGAUGCUCGGAGGAGUUUAGGAGCUUUGUUGAGUGUUGUCUACGUAAAGAUUCGAGUAAGAGAUGGACGGCGUCGCAGCUUCUCGCCCAUCCUUUUCUCCGGGAGGAUCUUUAGUUAAUUCGAUUCGUUUUGUAGAAAUCAAAAUCGAAAGUCUGAUUAAAAUUAUUUUUCUUUUGUAGAAUUUCGAAUAGUUUCUGGAGAUACUAUUAUGUUCGUAAUUUUUGUACAUAAUAUAUUAUCCGGAUUUUAGGGGAAAACAUUGGCAUUAUCUGUCAAUGAUAAAACUAUUUCUUUGAUUUGUUUUUUACAGUUUCAUUCAUGUAUGUAAAUCGAAUAUCAAUUAAUGUACAUUAGAUUUUGAUAAUCUAGUAUUUACUUAUUUAAA